CAGAUGGCAUCUUGUGAGCUAUGACGCAACGCGCGCACCUCACCCUCGACUAGCGCACCCUCGGAUAUUCAUCGGUCCACCCGAUAAGCAUGAUGUGACCGUGACAUACGUAUCCACCCGAGGACAGAAAAACAACAACAUUCUCCUUCUCCGUGUCAUUGAGUGCAGUUAUGUCUGAGACGCCAUGUCAGAUCUUUCGGGGUGUCUGCUCCUCGCCGCGCUGCUGAUUUUCUGCGAGGAUGGGUACGUGAGGAGAGCGGAGGGUGGAGUGCUCUCCCAUGGCCUCGCCUCACUGUCGGAGCAGGACAAUGCCACCGACACACACACGUCCCCGCUCGAGGGACAGGGCAACGCGACGACGGUGCCGCCAUCAGAGUCGCUCCUGACACUGAAGAUUUGGGUUAAAGAUGCAUCUAGCCAGAGGUUCCUGAAAGGAGCUGUGGUGGCUGUGUUCUUGAAUGGAUCCCAGAUUCAUUCCAGCCAGACUUUGGAGAAUGGAGAGGUCACGGUCACUGUCCCAUACAGCCUUGGCCUGACCCUCACUCUGGUGGCCAGCAUGGAGGGUUAUGUGCUCACCCAGCUGCCUUGGAAAACCACCAAGAUGCCCAUUUUUUCUGUUAUUACGAUGUCACUUCGCCCUCAAACACAAGGGAACAUCUGGCUCUUUGAGGAUACUGUGUUGAUAACUCGAAAAACAUCUGAUCUGUCAUUUCAACCGAGUGUCCAGUUUCCCAAAAGUCUCCUCAAACUGUCUGAGAACACUACCAUCUCCAUGUUGUCAGCCUAUCUGACAGCUCCAGCCCUGCAUACAGAAAAAGACUUGAAUUUCUUUACUCUAAACAUCAACGGCAAAGGAGGUUAUAGGAAUGUCAAGUUAAGCCCCUUGGCUAUGAUCAGUGCCCAGUUAGUGUCUAAUGGAAAGGAGGUUGAUGUCAAAGGACCCAUUCGGCUAACAGUACCACUUCCCUACCACACCCACCUACGACCCUCCGACUCACUUCCUGCGUGGACCUUUGACAUGACAAUAGGUACCUGGGUAAAUAAAGGUAUAGGCACUGUUCAGAUGGAGAAAAACGGCCUAGUCUGGACUUAUGUAGCACCUCAACUUGGUAACUGGAUUGCUGCACCACCACCAUCAUCAGGUUUUAUGGGGCUUGCAAGCUCAAUGGAUUUCAUUUCCUACCACACAUACCUUCUUUUGGGUAUCUUGGGAGGAACUCUUUUGAUAGUCAUCGGAUUUUUAUCUGUGAUUGUAUUUCACUGCAGAGAUUUAAACCAUGAGGUCGGAAGAAAGCGAUGGAAUUCCACCAGGCUCACCGUACUGAAAAAAGACCAGACCACUUCCACUAGCUCUGACGAGGUUCAAGAAAUUUUCUUUCAUAAUGGGGACCGGUCUUAUUCACUGGCUGCAAGAGGCAUCGGCCACGAUGCAUCAGACUCUCCGCGACACCAAGCCAACUACAACAUUUAUGUGGAAAACGUUGGAAGGCCGGUAGGCAAUCUGUAUGAAAACAUUGGAGCUGUGGGAUUAGACAGCCUCAGAGCCCCAAUGUCUAAUCUCUACAUUAAUAGUGAUGAAGUGGCUAAGCUUCGGGAAAAAUUGGAACAGAAUGGCUCGCGCCAGGGUGGUGCAGAGAAUUUAGUUUUCAAAGACAAGCUGUUCCACAUCUACAACCAGCCUCUGGCUAUUGUACAGGCCCCAGAGCUGUUUAAUUCCCAGGGCCAAGCUGACCCUUCUGGAAGCAGAUCUGCCACUUUCCCGCGGAACGGUAUGGAACAUGGAGGUCAGACAGAGCGGAACUUAAAAGACAGUUUCACUCAGACGUUGCCUAAAGUUCCCCAGCAAGACGGCGACGAGCAGCAGGCUCUGGAAGGAGUUCAGGGCGCCGCCGCUAACCCCGGGCUAUGGGGCCGCUACAGUCAUCUCCUGGAAUCCGUAUCUGUCCCAGGAACUUUGAACGAAGCGGCUAGAAUGGGGCCUUUUCGGGGGGAACUUCAGGGUAUAUCAGAGCAAACCUUGCUUGAGCUCACCAAGGGAAAGCCGUCCAUUCACCCGCCCCGGGCUUGGUUUGUGUCUCUUGACGGUAAACCAGCAGCCCAGGUUCGUCACUCUGUGAUCGAGCUUCAGGGAAGACAUCGACCGGGUAGCAGCAAUGACACAAGCUUGGACUCUGGAGUGGACAUGAACGAGCUGCUGCAGCAGCCUCUGCGGAAAAGCGAGGAACCCUCAAGCGCUAGCUUGGCUAAAAUAAGUAGAAAUCAAGAGCAGGACUUGAGCAGCAGUGAAAUUGGGAGUCCUGAGGACACAUCCCUGAGGAACACCUUGGAAGGCAGUAGUGCAGCCAUUCCCAACAUCCCAGAGGACAGGGAUGCGGGGGACACUUCCAGUGAGUCCAAAUCUACCCCCCCACCACGGAGACUGCGGAAGGUUCGAGACAAGAAGCCUGACAAGAAGACAUCUCGACAUGUGAGGGAGGAGAGACCGCACACGAAACACUAACUGAAUAACCUGUGUGUAGAUGUAGCUUUUUGGUGUCUGAAAAUGGUUUUGAUCAAACUGCCUUAUAAUAUAAACAUCAGGAAGAAUGAACAAAAACAAAAAAAACGCCUGUCUUACCUGCCGUAGCUCAAAGUCGAUUCCUGUGGCUAUGCUGUAUCCAGCAGUUCAUUUGUACACAAUUUCGCAACCACACUACAAUGUUUUUACUAACUUCUUUGAAAUAACAUAUUUGUUUACCUUCAAAAGUACACUGUAAAAGUAUGUAUAUAUAUAUCUAUAUAUAAGUAUUUUUAAACAUUAAUGUUUAAAUGCUUGAACCCACAAUGCUCUUAUAGUGAGUCUGCAAAACUGAAUUAAAUGAAAUCAGUUUGGCUUGCUUGGAAUACAUUUUUGUUCUUCGAUUCAGUUCAAUGUAAUGCAAGGAACUGCCACACAGUGUCAUAAACAAUUCUGAAAUAAAAUGUGGAAAAACUGAGCACUGUUAUUAUCAUAAGCUAUUAAAACUAAGCACUAUAUAUUCUACAAUUCAGAACGUGCACCAGUGUGUUGCUAAGAGCUUUUUUUGAGGGAGCGACAGGCCUUUAAGGUAAUUUGCCGUUUUGACGCGCUGUACUUAUUUAUUGUAUUCUUGCUAGUCACAUUUGCAUGCUGUCCAUUGUGAUGCUUUUACCAUUCAAUGUUUUAAUGUGUAAGAAUGUAGUACCCAAAAACAUCGAAUAUAUGUCUCGGGUUAUGGCUUACCUUACCAAGUCCUAUGCCGAAGCAGGUCAUGAACCUAGCAUAUUAAGAUGUUUCUUGUGCUAAUGUGUUUUAUGUAUGAAAUAUUUCUUCACAAAUUGACAACAUGAUUAUCAACUCAUGUAUUGAAUGUGUUGGAGCUUUUGUAGCUUUAUCAUUUUAGACAAUUGUAACUGUUUGAUUCUCAUCAACAGUUACAAUAAGACACUAGCUUGUUGUCAGGCAGCAAAUUUGAACCGAGAAGGGAUAUUGAAGUAUGACCGAGGAGAGAAAAUUGCAUUGUGUCAGCUGAAUGUUUUUAAAGUAAUUUAUGUUGUAUUGUAGCAAUUAUUAUUUCAAUAAUUGUGAUAUGUUUUAACAAUUUCUCAACACACUGGUUUAAAUGGCUCAAGAGCCAUUUCUGGAUGCUUUUCAGUACAACUUGUAAUCUGCAUUUUUUUGUGCACAUUUAAUAAAGGUACUUCACCAAAAA